GGAAUCAAGCUUAAAGAAAAGUAUAAGUAUUCACUAUCUGUGCCUUUGACCUGUCUUUGGAUUUUUGGCCUACAAGUUAUAACUAUAAAAGGAACUAACUAACUAAACUAACGAUGCCAGGACAAUACACCAACUACAAGUACACCCGAUUGAUAAUGGCGCUGCUGCGCUCCUAUUUGAGCGUACUCUACCUAUGGGGUAUCUUGCACUUGGCUGCCAUCAUGCCGUUUCCCCAGGAGACCUGGGAGACCACAUUCUGGUCCAGGACACGCACCUUUAAAGUGGCCUACAGGACGGUUUUUAAUAAAAGUUUGCUGACGGAGGUGUACAUUUUCAUCCUGGUCCUGGUGGUGCUGUUGAAUCUGUUCGACUGCUGCCACUGCAGACUCGUUGGAGUCCGGAUUUGGGACGGUGGAGUGCGUAUGCCGCCGUUGGACCUUCGCCUGCUGGUCUUACCGAUACCCUAUAUAAUAGUGCUCGUCUAUUGCUGGGCCAUCACCACCAUCACCACGUGCCGCGGCAUAAUCUAUGUGGCUCAGAGUGCUGAGAUUGGCAAAAGUGGUAAAACAGUCUGCCUUUUGGUCAUCGGUCUGCUCGUGAAGCUCCUGACUAUGGCCAACUUCUACUCGGUUUGCAUCCGCAUCUGGACGUACUUGAAGGUCUUGGAGAUUGGCGCGAAUGAGUGGCUGAUUAACUACUACAACUUCGGCGACCACCUCAAUUUGUUCUUUCGCGUUUAAAAAGUUGUGAAUGCAUUUUAUAUUAGUAUUUUGUUAGUUUAGCGAAGAAAUU